UGAGCAGGGGGCCGUCACCAUGUUUCCUCUCUUCCUGUUGGAUCAUCACAUGACCGCCAGGGAGCUCGGCUUCUGGAACGGCGUCAUCGCGAUGGGCUUCUCCAUCUGCGGCUCUUCCCUCGGAGGCCUGCUGCUCGCUCAGUUCAGCAUCGGGGCUCUGAUGCGACGGGUGUUCGUCCUGCGAACCAUCAGCAUGGUCUUCCAGAGCUCUCUACUCACUAUCCUGGAACCAUCGCCUCUCAUGAAAGGUGAGAGACUGAAAUCGAUCCCAGGCAGCCGUUUCAACACUUAUCACCAAUUGCAAUGAUCCCAUAAAGGUCCAGUUUGGUUAUGUUGGUGCUCUGCAGUAAAGUAUAAUAACCUAUAUCCAAGUGUCUAAACACAUACACACAAAAAACACUUGCAUAAAGCACACUCCCAUUACUAAAGAAGAGUGACCCUGUUUGUGUUAUAAGCUUCUCCAUGAAUAGUGUAUCAGCGCACCACAUGUUGUUUAUUGAAUUCUGUAGAAUUACAUAUUUAAACUUUCCAGAUCUUAAAUACAUACACAUGCAGUCCUCAUUGGACCUUUGUUGAAUAAACACAUUAACAUGCAGGUACAUGUACAUAUUGU